GUCUCUGAGAUAAAAUAACUGACUAUAAAUAUAGUAAUAUUCUUUUUAAAUAUAUUGAAACGAUGUUAAACUUAUCAAAACGCAAGAAACGAAAAACUCGUAAAUGCCUUGAUGAAUUAAGAAAAAGAUCACAACAUUGCCUUACAACUUCAAAUAAAACAGUUUCAACAGUACAGAUUGGGAAUAAAAUUAUGUUCUCUCGCUUUUCAUUAUCUAUAUUUCCAAAUAUUAUUCGUUCAAACCCUGUUACUAGAUUUAAUAUACAAUCUGAAUCCAGUAGUCGGAAAAAUCAAAGUAAUUGUAUUACCAGAAUCACUCAAAAAUGUAGUCCAGAAGUGACUUACGCAACAACAUUUGAUAACGACAUUACUAAUGUAUCUGUAAAUAAUAUACUAAAUAAAACUUUUGUGCCAUGCAACAAACGAGGAGAAAUAGGUAUAGAAAAAAUCAUUGAAGAUAAUUCCCCUGAAAACAAUAUUUUAUUCAAUCCUCUUGAAGUUAAUAUGGAUGAAGAAACGUUUGAUGAUACUACUACUUCAACAGAAGUAUGUUUUUCUCCCGGAAGUAUACGCAAUAAUUAUUACGAUCUUUAUGAAAAAAUUAUGAAAGAUAUUUCUAUUUAUCUGCGAAAUAAUGCACCACGCCUUUUUGAAGAAGAUGUCAUGGCAAGCACAAAAUCUUACUGUCGAAGUUUGUACAAACAUUCUAUAAACAAAUGGGAAUAUGGCUUUUGUGAAGAGAGAAUAAGUAAUAUUGAGUACAGUAAAGUAUCUUAUAAAGCGAGAAACACUCUAGUUGAAAAUCCUAUUGAGUAUUUAACAUAUGGUAAUAUGCGGCGGCAAAAUGUACUCACUAAAUUCCGAAUGUCAGAUUCCACUACUAUUGAAGUACCGAAUUCACCCUCCAGUCCUUUCGCAUCGGGUGUACAGACAAAGUCUGUGCUGCAUACUACUCCCGACUACAACUUUUUUCCACACAAGUUAAACUGAUAACCUACCUACUUACUUGCGUGUGUAAUUGUAAAU